AGUAUUUUCAAAAGUUUUUGAAAUUAAAUUGAAUAUGAACCGGAUACGAAAAUGCUUGUUCAUAUCACUCUUAACUGCAGUUUUUACAGUCGCAGUCGCUGAGAAUCGAAAUCCUAGAAAACGUCAAAUUUAUCGCGAACAAGUGUUGCCACAUGCCGGUGGCAAAAUUCCAGAUACAGCCUUCGAAACUGAUCGUCUUUUCCUGAAUCGGUUGCAGACGAAUGGUAUCUCUGUACCAGACGGUGUUGUGACCGAACAACGAAAUCCGCAGGUAACUCAGUACCAUGACAAAAGCCCCAGAGUUGUAUUCCAAAUAGCACUCAGCUCGGACGGUCGUUACAUACCCGCCGAAGGAAGAUACCAUCACAAGAGUACACCAUCAAUUGAGACCACAUAUCUCUAUCCACAAAUACAUGGCGACUUAAAUGAUGCAUCACUAUCGAAAAUCGCCUAUCCCACAUACAGACAAUUGCAAUUACAUAACUCACAACUCAAUCAAGUGAAACUGCAACCUAAAAAGAAAACGCAAUAUCUCGAUUUAACACCUAGUCUGCAAAAAAGCCACGUCAGUGCAUUUAGGACACAAACAUAUCAGAAUUUCAAUAUUAUCAACUCGCCUGUGGUGCCAACAACAAUUGGUCAACAUACCAUUCGGGUAGCAGGUAGCGGCGGUAAAGUUGGUUAUUUGCUGCCCAACAGCGGCAACGCGGCACAUUUUGGAGGCACAACUAAAGGAGUUCCUCCAUACAUUGUUGAUCAGUACCAAAUUCGAACUAAGCUGAGAUUUGUAUUCGAGAUGAAUGCGCAACGUGUGACAUUGUAUUGCUGUUUACUACUUGCGCUCGCUUACAUUGCGGUUGCAGUAAAGGUGGAAGUGCAGACUUUCGGACAUCUUUUCCAUCCACCAACUGAGGAGCGUCACAGAGAGGAGAAACAGGAUCUUUCCAAAAUACCCGGUGUACCUGGUGUAGACUAUCCGAUUUAUCAUGAGGUACCCCACACGAACUUCCAUUGUGCCAAUGUGCCAGCUGUACCGGGAAUGUAUGCAAAUAUUGAGACCGGUUGUCAGGCAUAUCAUGUCUGUCACGACGGUCGCGAAGGACAUCAAGGCGCACAGUUUCUCUGCACGAAUGGUACAAUUUUCAAUCAGAAGGAGUUUGCAUGCGAUUGGUGGUACAAUGUUAAGUGCGAGGAAUCUGUUAACUAUUAUCACUUGAACUCGGAUCCUGAACAUAAUCCCUACUUCCAAAAGAAAAAAGAACCGGAGGUGCAACACAAUGAGCACGAGGGUUUCUAUAUUCAUGCUUGAUUACUUCAAAUUCCUGUAAUUUAAAAUAAAACAUCAUUAAGUAUUUUUGUUCUCAUUA